UUUCAACGUCUCCCUCUCGCUUUCGCUUCUCCUUCUCCUCUCUACCUCUCGCUUUUGUUUUGCGUCGGGUUCCGGAGAGAGGAGGAGGAAGGAGAGGGGAACCGGCGGUGGGGUGGGAGAGGAGCGAUGGCGUUCCACAACCACCUCUCGCACGAGCUGACGCUGCCGCAGUACGUGGAGCAGCAGCAGCUGGGAGGGGACAGCUCGGCGGUGCUCAGGACGACCAUGGAUCAACUAGCCGCCACUGGACCCUCUGGUGCCGCGCCCGACGCCGACGGGGCGAAGGACGGGAAGGACCUCAGGCGACUCAUGGCCGACGCCGCGGCGUCUGGGAAACCGCCGAUGCCCGGCGGGGGAGGGCCCACGUGGCUCAACAGCGCAAUUCUGCGGCAGCAGGGGCAUCACUACGCCGACGGCAGCUUCCUCCACCUCCAGACCACUUCCGACUCGUCUGCGUCGCCGGUCGCGGCCGGGGGAGGAGGAGGACGAGCGGCGACGGGGCACUGGUUCUCCCGGACGCCGAUCCUGCAGAGCAGCGGGAGCGACGUGGAGGUCCCCGUGUCGAGCCAGUCCGUCAUGGCCGCGGCGAUCUCGGCGGACGGAGGAGGGGGCGGCGAGCGGGGCCACCCGGGUGGGGAGCUCGGCGAGGCGGAGGCGGUGGCGCAGGGAGGCGGCACCGGCGGGGAGGGGACGUGGCAGAACGCGAGGUACAAGGCGGAGAUACUGGCGCAUCCCUUGUACGAGCAGCUGCUGGCGGCGCACGUGGCGUGCCUGAGGAUCGCGACGCCGGUGGACCAGCUGCCGAGGAUCGACGCGCAGCUCGCUCAGUCGCAGCAAGUCGUGUCCAAGUACUCGGUGCUCGGCAACAGCGGCCAGCUGCUGGGCGACGACAAGGAGCUCGAUCAGUUCAUGACACAUUAUGUCUUGCUACUUUGUUCCUUCAAAGAACAACUGCAGCAGCAUGUCCGUGUUCAUGCAAUGGAGGCAGUGAUGGCUUGUUGGGAGCUCGAGCAGUCGCUUCAAAGCCUAACAGGUGUGUCUCCUGGUGAAGGCACAGGUGCAACUAUGUCGGAUGAUGAUGAAGAUGAUCAGGCAGACAGCGAAACAAACCUGUUCGACGGAGGCUUUGAUGGAACGGACAGCAUGGGAUUUGGGCCGCUAAUUCCCACAGAGAGCGAGCGAUCCCUGAUGGAACGCGUUCGCCAGGAGCUGAAGCAUGAGCUCAAGCAGGGGUACAAAGAGAAGAUCGUGGACAUCAGAGAAGAGAUCCUUCGCAAACGAAGAGCAGGGAAACUUCCCGGGGACAGCACUUCCAUGCUCAAAGCUUGGUGGCAGUCCCACUCCAAGUGGCCGUAUCCGACGGAGGACGACAAAGCACGACUGGUGCAGGAAACAGGGUUACAGCUAAAGCAGAUCAAUAACUGGUUCAUCAACCAGAGGAAGAGGAACUGGCACAGUAAUGCAUCGUCGUCCAGUUCGCUCAAAACCAAGCGUAAAAGGUGAAGACGACGACAGUGUUGGCCACCUCAUUAACAGUGCUCGAUCAAGACAUAGUAUCGUCGUCUACAAGGGAAGCUAAAUCAUAGCACGCGAAACGUGCAGUUGCAGACUACAGUACCAAGAUAGAGAAUGUGCCAAGUGUCUUCUCAUCUUCAUUCCAUUCACUCACCAAUUGGCGGAUUGAGGUUUCAGUUUACUUGUACAUGAAUUCCAUGGAAGAAGAAAAUGAUGUGGGUGUACAGCGAAAUAAAAUGUACCGCUAAUAUUUGACAUCUUUGUGGAUGCAGUAGCAAUGUGUGAUGUAUUGAUGCAACGAGGGAUCUUGCAUGAUUCAAUUGGUUUACACAUGAAUCAAUUUCAUAAAUGUGUUGUGUUUU